AUGGAUCCAGACGUGAUAAACGAGCAGCAAGGCUUUGCGCUUCAUAUGGCAUGUGCGAGAAAGCAUGAAGGCAGACAUGCGAAUCUCGCUAGUUUCCGCUUGGACUGUGCACAUAUCAACGGCUCAUCCAAGAAAUCAAAGGAGCUCCUUCAGAAGUUUCCUGAUAUGAAUGUAAAUGCACAAGCCGGUGUAUUCGGCACAGCUCUUCGGGCUGCCGCCUAUUGCGACCAGAUACUGUCAGUAAGGCUAUGGUUGGAUAGAGGAGCCAAAGUCAACACGCAGAUGAAUUUCGGCAGUGCUUUGAAUAGGGCUAUUGUCAGCGGCCAUGAGACAAUUGUCAAGAAUCUUUUUGAUGCUGGUGCGGCCCGAUUGUCAUUUGCGAUAGCAACUUGA